AUGCUUGCGAACACUCCACACGAUAAAGGUUUCUUGUUUACUUUAGAGAAUGCAAUCAUCACCGAAGGCCAAAGACUAAUAAUUAGACUGUACCGGGAAUGUAAAGCUUACGAAAAGUCCUUAGUUAAUUCAACAACCUUCGAGAACGACUCGGAGGUGAAUUGCCCGGUCGUGUUUGAUGGUUAUCUUUGCUGGGGACCAGCUAAAGCUAACACAACCGAAAUCAAAAGCUGUCCUAAUUACGUAAUUGGAUAUGAUGGAAAUUUAAAAGCAUCGAAAAUUUGUACCGAGAAUGGCACUUGGUGGAGACAUCCCGAAAGCGGGGGCGAAUGGAGCAAUUACACGUCAUGCAUCGAUCAAAAUUAUUUUCACUCAAGACAAUUAAUUAACGAUAUUUAUUUCUACGGAUAUUGCUUUUCACUCGUUACUCUAAUUAUCAGUCUCGUUAUUUUUUUAAGCUUUAGAUCAUUAAGAUGUACAAGAAUUCGAAUUCAUACUCAACUUUUUAUAUCUCUCGCAUUGAGUUGUAUAAUGUGGAUUUUAUGGUAUAACUUUGUAGUUGAUUCGACUUCUGUCAUUGCUAAUAAUCCAUCAUGGUGUAUUAGCCUUCAUAUUAUGACACAAUAUUUAAUGAUCUGUAAUUAUUUUUGGAUGUUCUGUGAGGGAAUUCACUUGCAUCUUGCUCUGGUUGUCGUGUUUAUUAAAGAUGAUAAAGCGAUUAAAAUGUUCAUGGUCAUCGGAUGGAUUGUUCCGUUGAUUUUCGUAACAAUUUACAGCAUUUUGAGGGCACGAAGUGAUCUCGAUAGUAAAUUGUGUUGGGUUGAAGAAAGCCAUUUCAUGUGGAUUCUUCUAAUUCCUGUCAUCGUCGUUCUUGUUUGUUCAGCUGCUUUUCUCGUCAACAUUGUCCGAGUAUUAAUUACAAAGCUUCAUCCCAAAUCCAAUAACCCUGCACCAUUGGCAAUUAAGAAGGCGGUUCGGGCGACACUUAUACUUAUUCCACUGUUUGGUCUUCAACAUAUUUUGCUUCCUUUCCGUCCUAUUAAAGACUCGAUUUUUGAGUUUCCUUAUCAAAUUCUCUCCGCCAUUCUUAUCAGCCUGCAAGGCUUUUGUGUAUCGUUUCUCUUUUGCUUCGUUAAUCAUGAAGUCGUCACUCAAAUUGUCACUUAUCUUCACCAUUUGUGUCCUGGUUUGUUCACAACUUAUCGUGAAAGGUAUUAUGCGCCUCCACCAACAACUACACGUGAUAUUGUUGUCUAAAUGUGAUUAUAUGUUAAUUUCGCUUUUAAAAAAGUUUAUUUAUAAAAAUUAUUGUAAUUUGGUUCAUGUACUUCGGAAAUGACAAAUAAACCAUAAAAUUUUCACGUCAUUACAUGAGUCAAACUUAAAUAUUAUUUAACAUUUACAAUAAUUUGAUUAUUUCCUUUACGGCUGUUGAACACUAUGAACGUUCUUUUUAUUAUAAAUAUUUUAUUUUUGUUUAUUGUUGCAAUCGCAGCUGAUUUCAAUUAUCAACGACCGCCAAUAAAGGGCUUAAACGGGGUGAAGACAACUGCAAUGUACAUGCCCCCGAUGACUGAAGAUACCACGUCGGCUACGAUUGAAAUUGAGUUGAAUUCCACUUCACGGGAAACUGAAGGAGAAUCCGAGAAUCUGGAGAAGUAAUGGAAGGUGGUAAAUGAUGAGAUAUUAACAAUGAACUGUUUUAAUUCUAACAGUAGAACAUACUACAUGGCCGCUUAUUUAUUAUUGUUUACCAUACCUUGAUCAUUUUAACGGCCACAAAAAAAUGUUAAACAAUUUUUUCACUUAAAAUGUUUAAUGUGAUCACAAAAAGCUUUUAACAAAUGUUUAAUAUUGAUACUUAAAUUAAAGCUCGACAGUUGUAACAUUCAGUCGCA